GGGCGUUGGGCCUAACAUAGUCGUCGCAGGAAACCAUAAUUUAGAAAGAUCAGUUUGCAUUCGUCUGAGGAAUCGGAAAAAAUCGAAAACGUCUUUUCUCAUCGUGUGAAAGUUCCGCCUCUGCUUCAAGUCACACUAAGGUGGUCUGCAGGCGUGCUUGCAGCAGGAAUUUUGCUUUGGUAUAAUACCUUUCGACGGUUGUGUAUUCCCGACCAACCAACAUGGUUUAAGACGGCAUUUGCGUGAAUCGAUUCUUAUUUAGCGGUUUUGUUCGAACCGAUGUGACGAGUCUCUUUGGUAAAUAUUGGAUUUCUGCUUCUUUUGGAUGGUGAGAUAAGUGCGUGCUUGCCCACUAAUAACAGUGUUUGUGCUGGAUAAUAUUUGCUUCUACUCUCUAGAUUCGACACGAUGGAGUUCAUUGUUUCAAUAGCAAUCUUGCAGCUGGGGCUGCUGCUGUUUAUUGCAGCUGCCCUCCUGCUCUAUCUGAUUUGCCGGAUUCCAAGUGACGAAGAUCAUGGCCGUUCCGGAUCGUCACCAGGAAGCGGUAAAACAGUUUUGGUUACUUCCUGCGAUUGCGCCAUUGGCCUGCAAUUGGCAUUCCAUUUGGCAAAUAGCGGAUUUCGUGUGUUUGCCGGCUUGAAAACUGCGUCGGAAGCCGGAUGCCCCGAGGAUUCAGUUCCUGCUAAAGCCAUCAGAGCCUGGCAAAAAUACAGAGAGAGCGAGCAGGAGCUUGGAAACAUUACUGUUAUACAUCUGGACGUGACUAGGGAAGAUUUGCUUUAUGAGUCUGUGGAUGUUAUCAGAGCUCACCUGCCUGCAGGCCAAGAUGGUAUAUGGGCAGUAGUUUGCACGAAUGGGAUCACGUUUAGAGGCUCUUUAGCCCAGCAGGAAAUCUCCCAUUGGGACACGAUUUUGAAAACGAAUAUUGUGGGCGUUUUGAGGACAGCGAGGACAUUUCAGAAUCUUUUGAAAAAUUCUGGUGGCAGGAUCUUGACUAUCGGUACCAGCGAUAAUAUGGGAGGUGGUUUAGUGGCAUACGCUGCCAGCAGAUAUGGAGUAGAAGGAGCCAGCGACGCUUUACGCCAAGAGCUCUCACCGUACGGGAUCAAAGUCGUAACUAUAAAUCCCGUUGGAAUAAUGCCAGAGCUGCUAUUUGCUCAGCCAAAGUUUAUAAAGAAUCCUGAAACAGAUGACGUGUGUAUUACAAUCAACGGACUCCUGAAUUAUCAGCCUCGAGUGCUAACUGAAAGAGCGUUAGAUAUUUUGGACAUUGCGCUCAUCGCCAAAGAGCCAAAAAGCCAUUACAAGUUGAAGUGCACGUACAAAUGGUGGCAUAGACUGCCCUUGAUGUCUUACAUUUAAGCUACUAACCCUACAUGAAUAAGUAUUAUUUUAGUUGUUUUAUGUUUUGUUAAUGUUUUUCUAUGAUAAAGCACUAUGCAAGUAUAUUAGGUACAAAAUA